AGACGUAUUUCAUAUCGAAAGGCUCGCACAAGUGAAGAGGAAGAAGAAGAAGAAGAAGAUGAGUGGUAGUACAGUGGCAAUGCACAGUGUCUUCGUCUACGGUAGUCUCAUGGCCGACGACGUAGUUCGUCUCCUCCUCAACCGUAUCCCUCAAACAUCCUCCGCAACCCUCCCUGAUUUCCAUAGAUUCAGUAUCAAAGGACGUGUUUAUCCCGCGAUUCUACCAGCUAAGGACGAUACAGUGUCUGGCAGGGUGUUAUUUGGAAUCACAGAUCAUGAACUUUAUGUGUUAGAUGAGUUUGAGGAUACUGAGUAUGAAAGACAGAACGUUCAAGUUUUGUUAACUGAUAGUUCAGAGAAACUGCUAACAAAAACUUACAUAUGGGCCAAUAAAGAUGAUCCUGACCUCUUUGGUACAUGGGAUUUCGAGGAAUGGAAACAACUUCAUAUGGAAGGUUUCUUGAAGAUGACUAAAGAAUUUGCACAAGAGUUGAAUUUACCGGAAUCUUGAGGCAUGACUGGCUUGGCCACCAUAUUCAAGUUAAGUUUCUUCAAUGGAAGACACUAGAUUGGUUACUAUAUUGUUGUUGGUGUUCUGGAAGAAUCCUCUAGGAAGGGUUUAGAUUCUUCAUGAAUACAUUACAUUAUUAGAACUUGGGGGUUGUGAUGUGACUUCAACUAAACAAGGAAUAAGAAAACAGCUACAGAUUCUUGGGGUGUAUAAGUUAUUAUUCAGUAGACAUAUAUGUAGACAUGUUUUAGUAGAUAAAAUCAACGUUUAUGAGUAAUGUGAAUU